UUCGAGGGGGGAGAGGGGCUCUUUAGGGCUGUUGUUGUGUGUCCUUAUGGCGACCCUAAGGCUGCGUCCACACUGUAUGAAUAACCCGGUUUGAGACCGCUUUAACUGCCAUGGCCCAAGGCUAUGGAAUUCUGGGAACUGCGGUUGGUUGUGGCGCCGAAUGGUGGAAGAGGGUCUUGGAUGGAUCUCACUCACAGGGUUGCCUUGAAUCGAGGUCAAUUUGUGGGCAGUUAACAACAACAACAACAACAACAACACCUCAAGAGAGCCAGAAAGCCCCUGGCGCAUGCCUUCCCUGUAUUUAGUAAUAGAAACAUGUUCACAAAUGAAACGUUUGCUGCCCUUAGAAGACAACCUGCCUCUGCUUUCUGGGGUAGUGGGUCGCCCCCUCUGUCCUCUCUCCUCCCCUGAAGGUUCUCUGCUGUUUCUUCACACGAAAUAAGUUGUCUGAUAAUGGCCUGUACUAUAGAGAAGAUCCUGACUGAUGCAAAGAUCCUGCUGGAAAGGCUGAAAGACCAUGACAAUGCAGCCGAGUCUCUCAUUGACCAGUCCACUAUGUUGCACAAGCGGGUGGUGGCUAUGAAGGAAGCCGGCACAGCUCUUUCGCACAAGUACCAAGAAGACGCAGCCGAGCUGAAGGACAUGUCUAAAUACAAACCUCACAUUCUGCUGUCUCAGGAAAACACUCAGAUUAGAGACCUGCAACAGGAAAAUAGAGAGCUGUGGGUCUCUUUGGAGGAACACCAGGAUGCUUUGGAACUUAUUAUGAGCAAAUACAGGAAACACAUGCUACAACUCAUGAUGAAAAGAAAAGAUGUAGAUGCCCAACCAGUUCUGAAAGUGCAUCAAACUCAAUCUACAGAAAUUGAGAGUCAAAUAGACAAGAUUUGCGAGAUGGGAGAGGUGAUGAGAAAAGCCGUUCAUGUGGACAAUGACCAGUAUUAUAAAAUACAAGAAAAGUUAGCACAGUUAGAGCUUGAAAAUAAAGAGUUGCGAAAACUACUAUCAAUCAGCAGAGAGUCAGUCGAAGUAAGGCAAGAAGGGCUACCUGAUGAUACAUCUCAAGAUAAAAAACAAUUGCCAUUGAAAAGCUGAUCUGUCAAAUUGGAACUGUACUGCAGAAAAUUGUGUGCUUAUUUUCCACAUUGUUUAUUUGCCUCAUGUCUCCUUUCGGGUAUCAUUCCAGCCUUUUGCUGAAUUGUAGAGUGUGCUUUAUCCACAGCUUUCAAGUGGCAUCUUCUGCUGUCUAAUGUUUGCCAUGUUUAAUCAUGCGAAGACUUUUUUAUGUACCAUAGCCAUAUUCCUCAGCAAAUGCUUUCCUUGGAUUAUCCUUAUUUUCAGAAAUCUCACAUUGACAAAACUAUUGGAUCAUCUUUGACUUUUGCAAUGUAAGAAAAAUGAUUUUAAAAGUAAUGGCUUUCAUCAGAAAAGUAGUAGGAAAGUCUGAAUAUACAUUUUUACAUGGAAAUCUGUUUAUUUCAUUGAAAUUUAUGUCCAAGUAAAUAUGCUUACAACUGUUAAUUUGAUUUAGUUAAUAGUCCAAGCAGUAUUUUAGACAUAUUUACUGUCUCAUUUAAAUAUAAACUAUGAAAUUAUAUGCCUCUUAAUGCCAGCAAAUAAUAGUUUUCUGCAUGAGUAUUAGCUGAAAUUCUAUGGUAGCCUUCCUCACCUGGUGUAUUUCAGAGAUAUUUUGGUAUCUCUGAUCAGUAGUCACAGUGGAUGGCAAUAACAGGAAUUGCAGUUCAAAACAUUUGGAGGGCGCCACGUUAAGACAGGGUGCACUGUGCACAUGUGUAUUCUUCAUACUGGUUCAGUGCCUAAAGACACAGGAUGUGUGACCAUAAGCAUGUCAGACCACUGUUUAGCAUGGGAGGUUUGUGCAUGCUUCAUACCCAUCUACACCUUUUUUUUACAACGUUCUCCCCUGUCCAUAGAAAAUCAAGGCAUUUCAGCUGAUAUUUCUUGAUUGAAACAAGUAAAGGCAACAGAAAUUCAUACUGUGUAUUUUAAAAUACUGUCUUCAAGAGAGAUUAAUGGUAAAAUACCACUGUUUCAAGAACUAUCACUGAAGUUAUUUAUGACUUCUUAAAGCUUCACCUUGGUGCAGCAGAUAACACAAAUUUGUGUUCCUCACUGGAGAAAGAAAUGCUUGCAUCCUGAAUACUUUCAUAAAAGCAUUUUCCAGACAGACUUAAAGAGUGGAAGGAAUUGUAAGCUAUAAAUGUAGGAAUCAAGCCAACUACUGUUUUUUCAUGUACAACCUUGUAAGAUGUAGUAUAUUGUCUUUUGCUUCUCUUGUAUUUUUAACUCUGGCUGCAGGUUCACAUAUCUUCAUAUUUGACAGAUCCAGUAAUACUGUAGUUUCACCUUUGUGUUUAUGAGUGUAGAGAUAAAAACAGAGGUUUGUCUAGUCUGUCUAGUCAUGUGUCUGUGUAAAUGUCUUCAUCCUUUUAGCAGACUCCCCUCCAGCAUAUUCUGGCUAAGAUGUUGUGACCUGUAAGAAUUAGAUACAUGUUUCUAUUCUGAAUUCCCUGUUGGGAAAGGAUUUAAAUAUCUGUUUGUCAGCAGGCAGUGUUUCAGAGCAGCUCUGCAAGCUUUACAGGCAUUGUCUGUGGCUUUUGUUGCUGUGACUGUUGACUUGAGCUUGAAGCAUAAAAAGAAAAUAGUCAUAGAAAUCCUUUUCCUGCUAACUUCUUUACAGCAGGGGGAAGAAGAUUUAGAAAAGGACAAUCAGACUCCUUGCAGUCAUCCUUUGGUGUUUUUAGAUCCUCAGACUCAACAUUUCACUUUGGGGAUUGAACUGAAAAAACACUGCUGCUUCAGUGCAUUAUGCAAAUAUAGUCCAUUCAGCAGGACAGAUUCAGCUGCACACCAUCACUUUGUAGUGUAAUGCCUUAAAGUAUGCCAUCAGUGCCAUCUUCAGAAUCGACAAGCUCUUGUAAUGAGCAGCAACAAUUGCUCAGUCUGCAUAGAUUCUGGAUUAUUUUACAAAUACCCUAUAGGACCUUAUGAUAUAAAUGAAAGACAUCGAGGUGUUCUGGUGUUAUUCACUCCUGUCAGCUUGCUCUGAUCAGUAAAUUUAAAGUGUUCUCUUUACCUCUCAGGUUACUCUCUCUCUCUCUCUCUCUCUCUCUAUAUAUAUAUAUAUAUAUAUAUAUGGUCAUUAUUUUGUUGAAAUAAAUGUUUUGGGGCAAUAUUA